GGAAGACCCAGAAGGAGGGAAACCGGGUUGAGUUCAAGCUUCUUCUUCAGAACCUUCUGUAUUUCAAACAAGACAUCACUCCAAUAUUUUUGUAUUUUUACACAAGACCAGAAACAGUGAGUAAGAUAUCAUUCAUGUUUUAAUGUUUGGACUGAGGGUCAGCGGGUCACUCUACUUCAACACACACACACACACACACACACACACAUUUCUUAUUUCACUUCCUGAAAUAAAAACUGAAGAAGAAAGCAGAGGAGGGGGAGGGGGCGGAGCCUAGGAAAUUAAAAGUGAAAGAAGUGAACCAAUAAAUAGGGAGACACAGAGUCAGAGAGCUCAGUUCAUCAGUGAAGAACAUGAGUGUGUGUGGGAACAUGAAAGUCUUCAUCUGCUGCUGCAUCAUCUUCAUCAUGAGCUGCUGCACACUGUCGUGGGCUCAGGUUCCCGUCGACUGUUGCCUCAGCGUCAAGAACAAAACUAUUCCCGGUCACAUGAUCGUGAGUCAUCGUCGUCAGUUCAGUGGGCAGGGCUGCGCCAUCGACGCCACCAUUCUGGUGACGAGACGCGGCAGGAACCUGUGUGUCCCCGCCCACGAACCCUGGGUCAAACAGCUGAUCGCACGCGUGGAUCAACGCAACUCAUGCACGAAACACGGUGUGUCAGAGAGAAGAAGAUGUAAACAAAGAAUAAACAACAGCGUCAAAGAGCUUCUGUGAUUCUGGAGGAAACACAUCACAGAAAAACUGUUUUCCAAAAUAAAAGAGUUUGUGUUAAAACUGUGAAGCUAACCAAGCGAAGCUAACUCUUGUAACCCUGCAACAGAUUAACAAAAUAAAAGCAUUUUA